UGAAUAUUUCCAUAGUUGGUGGUAUCACUGCGUUUCACAAUUAAUAAAAUGUCGCUGACAAGUUUAUUACCUGCACCAUCACAGGUGGUGUGGGAUAGAGAAGAUGAAGCUCGGGAACAAAAAUUACGCCAAAGACCAGUAUCUGCACUUGUUAAAGCUGUUGUUACUGCUCCACCAUAUGGUCAACGUAAAGGAUGGGUACCAAGAAAUCCAGAAGAUUUUGGAGAUGGUGGAGCAUUUCCAGAAAUCCAUGUGGCCCAGUAUCCUCUUGGGAUGGGAAUGAAGGGAAAAGAAACUACUAGUAAUGCUUUAGCAGUUCAGCUUGAUGCUCAAGGAAAAGUGAAAUAUGAUGUUAUUGCUAGACAAGGACACUCUAAAGAUAAGAUUGUUUAUAGCAAACUCAGUGACUUGCUACCUUCAGAAAUUACAAAUGAGGAAGAUCCUAGCCUUCAGCGUCCACCUUGUGAAGAAAUUGAUGAACUCACAGAAAAAACCAAAAAGGCUUUAGAAAAGAUAACAAGAUCAAAGAUAGCUGCAGCAAUGCCAGUGAGGUGUGCAGAAAAACAAGCACCAGCUCAGUAUAUUCGAUAUACACCUUCACAACAAGGACAGUCAUUUAAUUCUGGAGCAAAACAAAGGGUUAUUAGAAUGGUGGAGGCUCAGAUAGAUCCUUUAGAACCACCAAAAUUCAAAAUUAACAAGAAAAUACCACGAGGUCCACCAUCGCCUCCAGCACCAGUUAUGCAUUCGCCUACAAGGAAAGUAACAGUAAAAGAGCAAAAAGAAUGGAAAAUACCGCCUUGUAUCAGUAACUGGAAGAACGCAAAAGGCUACACAAUUCCACUUGACAAACGUCUAGCUGCAGACGGUCGCGGAUUACAGCAAGUUCAUAUAAAUGAGAACUUCGCCAAAUUGGCUGAGGCUCUUUAUAUUGCAGACAGAAAAGCUCGAGAGGCGGUAGAAAUGCGAGCACAACUUGAAAAGAAACUGGCACAGAAAGAAAAAGAAAAGAAGGAAGACCAUUUGAGACAACUGGCGCAAAAAGCUAGAGAAGAGCGUGCUGGUUUAAAGUCAGCUGCGAUGGAAAAAUCAGAAGAGUCACGUGAAAGAGAUCAACUCAGACAAGAGCGACACAAAGAUCGUGCUCGAGAACGCAAUUUGGCACGUGCUGCACCAGAUAAGCGUUCUAGAUUGCAACGCGAACGAGAACGAGAUAUUAGUGAACAAAUUGCACUUGGUUUACCAGCGAAAAGUAUUCCCAAUACUGGAGAAGCCCAAUUCGAUCAACGAUUGUUUAAUACUAGCAAAGGAAUGGAUAGUGGUUACGGACAUGAUGACGAAUAUAAUGUAUAUGACAAGCCGUGGAAAGAUUCAAACUCUAUCGGUUCACAUAUAUACCGCCCCAGUAAAAAUAUCGAUAAAGACACUUACGGAGAUGAUUUAGAAAAACUCGUUAAGACGAAUAGAUUUGUUCCGGAUAAGGAAUUUAGUGGAACUGAUAGAUCGACAACGCGCUCAGGGCCUGUACAAUUUGAAAAAGAUGAGGAGGAUCCUUUCGGUUUAGAUCAGUUUUUGAAACAAGCUAAACGUGCAAGCAGUUCUACUACUGCAACUACAAAACGUAAAGAUGAGCGAGAACAACGAAGAGAUGAUCGUGACAAGCGAAGGAAACAUUAACUUUCCUUGUUUAAUUGUUCUUAUUAUUCUAGAAUAAAUUCUGAAUAUUGUUUUUUUAUUUAAGUUAGUUUUAGAAUCAAGUAAUUGAACCUUCAAGUUAGUCAUUUCUGUCAGUUUCAUAAUCUAAU